CAUUUUCUUAACCCAAUUCAUGUCACUUCCCCAAACCCAUACUCACAAUUCACCAUUCACAGCUCACUUCCCCCAACCCAUUUUAAAGUUACUUCCCCCAACCCAUUUGUAACUCAUUUCCCCCAACCCGUUUGUAACUCAUUUCCCCCAACCAAUUUGUAA